CGAAUUCAGUCUUACGCCGCCAUUGCGUCUGAACUGUCACUUUCGCUGUUGUUUCCGAACGUAAUCGGUGUGUUAGUUUAUUCGUGACAUAAAAAUAUAAAAAUGAAGAAUUCAAUUAUUAUAUUCGCUUCGCUAACAACAUUGGCGAUAGGAGAAAACUUAUUACCGGAAGAUUUCACCAGAUGUCGCCAGAAGGACGCCAAGCUGAAUGACUGCCUUAAGGGAGCCGUGCCCGAUGCGCUCCGCAGAAUGACUAAAGGCAUUCCGGCGCUAUCAGUACCGCCGCUGGAGCCGCUACUGGUCUCCGCUAUGAACAUCGAGACGGGCGCGGGGCCUGUCGUCAUCAGCCAGGUCUACCGCAACAUACAGCUUCACGGACUUACAGACUCCCGUUUAACAUCUUACAAGGCAGAUCUCAAACACUACAGACUGAGAACAGAUUCAAUAACACCUAAGAUGGAUUUCAUCGCGGAUUAUGUGAUGAAAGGAAGAAUAUUGGUUCUGCCAAUCCAGGGUAAAGGAGUCGCCAACAUUACCAUGGUUAAUUUAGUUGUAAAACAUGAUUUGAUCGGUGAACCGAUAAUAAAAGACGGCGAAACCUACAUGCACAUAAAAGAUUACAAAGUCAAAUUUAUUCCUGAGAGGGUUAUUUUGCAUUUCUCUAAUUUAUUUAACGGUGACAAGGCUUUAGGAGACAACAUGAACAAAUUCCUCAACCAAAACUCAGAUCUAGUUUUCAAUGAAUUGAAGGAAUCCUAUGAGAAGAGUCUCAGUUCCGUAUUCCAGGAUGUUACAAAUAAAAUAUUCGACAAAGUUCCAAUGAAUAAGAUUUUCCCAGAAGAAUAACUAUAGCUGUGAUCAAAAAUUUACAUUUAAGUGUAUUUUAAUGGCAUGAGUUUCUACAAUUCAUGCAGAUAUGCGAUAAAAGUGAUUUAAA